AUGAAGUGAGUUUUGUUGUUGUAAAGUACGGCGUGUUUAUAUCUAAAAUUUAUAUUUAGAACUUUUUAAGUGUCAUAUGUAGAUAUGUUGUAUUGUAGUGUGCUUGUUAAUGUAAACAUUGCAUGCUAUACUUUCUUGCAAAUGUUUUAUUUACCGAAAGAAUACAGUUUACUGUAACUUUUAUGGUUUGUUGUAAAUGUAAGAUAGUUACUGUUAACUUUGGUGUGCGCUUUACGCUGCGUAAUAGACAAAAGUUUAGGUCGUUCGUGCGGACUUUAGUAUGGUCCUUCUUUCCACUCUUGAUUUUGUAUACCGUAGCACCGCUUUUGGUAUAUAUAUUCCCACACUUUAUGCAGCAUCUUUUCUUUUUAAAUUUUGGUAAGUUUAUGUGACGAUACUGUAGCUUGAUUUUAAAAACUAUAAAUUUUGCCAGUUUUUGUGCUUUUGGCGAGUGUUCUAUACUUUUGAUUAUAAAUAGAAAAUAUUAAAAUUUAUACUGUAUUUUUAAUGGUUUUAUUAUUCUGAAAUUUGUGAGAAGGCUUUUUUAAACUGACAAUCAUCAACUAAUUAAACUUGUCAUUUUUUAGUUAAAUUCCCAUGGAGAGAGUAUCACAACCUGACUGAUCAUGGCGUCGACGCAAAGGGCCUCAACUUCUACAUUGAUGGUCCUCUUAUGGAUGGAUUUAGGCCUCGGCUAGGUUUAUGGCACAUUAUGCCCGAUGGUUUGACACCAAAUCAAGCGGUACUAACAAAGGAGAUUGCCGAACAGAUACUGAAGGACGACCACCGACCGGUCGUUAUCUAUCUUCAUGGCAACUCAUUCGAUCGCACGACACGACAUCGUAUCGAGUUGUACAAGAUACUGUCAAAGAUGGGAUACCACGUGUUUGCACUGGACUACCGAGGCUACGGAGACUCGACCGGUCGACCCACUGAAGCAGGAAUUGUCGCAGAUUCUCGAGCAGUCUUCGACUAUGUAAAGCGUCUGGUCCCAGAUAGGCCUCUAUUGGUAUGGGGCCAUUCUAUGGGAACAGGUGUGGCUACAAGUCUCGUGGCGCAGUUAUCUCAACAAGAUAACAAUCCCACUGCUCUGGUGCUAGAAUCUCCAUUCAACAACCUCAGGGAUGUGAUCAACAACCAUCCCUUCAGUGCUCCUUUCAGGUUCCUACCGUGGUUUGAUAUGCUGGUAAUUCAGCCAUUGAUAGAUUCUGGAUUGGUGAUGCAGUCCGAUCACAGGAUCAAGCAGAUCACUUGUCCGAUUCUCGUGUUUCACGCUGCUGAUGAUCACAUCAUCCCAAUCAAACUUGGCCGAAAGUUGGUCGAAGCGGCCAGAAACUCGGGGAGGGACGUCAAUUUUGUCGAGUUUGAUACCUCGAGGGCAUACUUUCAUAAGUACAUUCAUAGGGCGCCAGAAGUUCCUAAAAUAGUCACGUAAAUUUUUCCUUUAUGAUUGAGCUGUAAUAUAUAAGAAUUACAAUGAUGUUUUGUUAUGAAUUAAGGAUUUUUACAUUAAAAUACCCUUCUUGAAGUUGAUAAUAUGGUCAACAAGAAUAUUUAAUGCUAGAAAAACGUGUUUUAUUGUACUGUAACAUUACAUUUUCAGUGAAUUCUUCAAGACAAGUCAGUCUCAAAACAAAGUGAUCUGA